AUGGCGACGAGAGAGCUACACCUUGCCGUGUUUUCCGGGGACUCACAUGGAAUACUGGCGUUCAUCGCGUCCCCGCGAACAGGACUCAGUUUUCUGGACGAUGCCGAGCCUGACUAUGGCUUUGACUACGAAGGCGAUAACCCCGACAUCACGCAAACGAUUGUCGAGGCAUCGCUGCCACGACCAAUUUUCCCUGUGAGAACCAGCCCACCCCUGAGAGAAGUUGAAGAAAGAAUCCGAGCCAUGAACAUGCGCCAUUGCAGACACCUCACUUGUGUGCAGAAUCUGUUUGCCCGUUCGACCCUCGCAGAGCAGCCCUGCGCCGACCUGCGCGCUCUGCGAAUCUACAUGUGGGACCUGGCGUCACCCCGCCUGGUCAAGAUGCUGGCUACACAGUUCCCGGACCUGGAGGAACUGCAACUCGGCUUCUGCCACCCCUAUAUCCACGACCCGUGCCUGCCCCUCAAGUUCUGGGUCCGUCCAGAGUUCCUCGUGUCGUCCGCCAUCUGGGACAUCUUCGGGGGUGUCGGCCAAGUGCAACCGGCCAACCUCCGCUUGACCAGGUUGAAGAAGUUGACCUUGCAGCGCUCGGGCAUCAAUCGCGUCCAACUGCAGAAAUGGAUCGAGUGCAAUCCGGGCCUGGUCGACUUGAGGAUGCACCAUGUGGCCGGCGUUGACGCUACGUUUGUCCAGUGGCUGGGUCGAUACUACGGACCCAGCACCGGUGACCACGCUGACCCUGGUGCCGCUGCACCGGCAAAGCUGACCACCCUGGCUCUCGAAAGCUGCACCUCGCUGCACCUCGAGACCUUGGACGACUUGGCCUGGCUGGACUCCUUCUUCCCCGCACGAGCGCGAGCACCGGUCACUACAGACCAAGACGACAAGCCUCGUGCUCCAGCAUUCAACAUCCUAUCCUUCCGAGACUCGACACGGGUCUCCAGCUCCGCUUUGAUGGCGUACCUGGCGCUCAAGCGCCCGGCAGUGCGACAGGUGACCUUUCCCGACGGCCGUGUCCUGGUCGAGACGACCACCGACCCCGGAAACGACGGCGACAUUGGACCGGAGCUGUGUUCCUCCCGGGCCUAUUCCACGACGCUGGCCUGCGAUGACACCCAGCCGUCGCCGGUCCCGUAUCUCCGUUUUCGCCGGUUCUCUCGCCGCUUCCCUCGCCGCCUGGCCGGGACGGGGGACGACAUCAUCGAGCCGGAUUCGCAUGUCGCUUGA